GGUUUCCAAGGCAAGACUGGCCCCCCAGGACCCCCCGGUGUCGUAGGCCCUCAGGGUCCAACUGGUGAGACUGGUCCAAUGGGUGAACGGGGACAUCCAGGUCCUCCAGGUCCCCCAGGUGAACAAGGUCUUCCUGGCCUUACUGGAAAAGAAGGGACCAAGGGGGACCCUGGUCCCGCCGGCCUCCCAGGGAAGGAUGGUCCACCAGGUUUGCGAGGCUUCCCUGGAGAGAGAGGUCUCCCUGGCCCCAUUGGUGCUCCAGGACUGAAAGGCAACGAAGGUCCCCCAGGCCCCCCAGGUCCAGCAGGCUCUCCUGGUGAGCGUGGUCCCGCAGGAUCAGCUGGCCCAAUAGGCUUGCCAGGGCGACCUGGCCCCCAGGGACCUCCAGGACCUGCAGGUGAAAAAGGAGCUCCUGGCGAGAAGGGUCCACAAGGACCAGCUGGCCGUGAUGGCAUCCAGGGCCCGGUGGGUCUACCAGGUCCCGCAGGUCCUGUUGGCCCUCCUGGAGAGGAUGGAGACAAGGGUGAGAUCGGGGAGCCUGGCCAGAAGGGCAGCAAGGGCGACAAAGGGGAGCAGGGUCCGCCAGGUCCUACUGGCCCACAGGGUCCGAUCGGUCAGCCUGGCCCAGCUGGUGCUGAUGGAGAGCCAGGUCCCAGGGGACAGCAAGGCCUCUUUGGUCAGAAAGGUGAUGAAGGACCCCGAGGCUUCCCUGGUCCUCCUGGCCCAGUGGGCUUGCAGGGCUUGCCUGGACCACCUGGUGAGAAGGGAGAAACAGGUGAUGUUGGGCAAAUGGGCCCGCCAGGCCCACCUGGACCCAGAGGUCCAUCUGGACCACCAGGAGCAGAUGGUCCACAGGGUCCUCCUGGGGGAAUAGGAAAUCCUGGUGCAGUAGGAGAGAAGGGUGAACCUGGUGAAUCUGGUGAGCCUGGUCUUCCUGGCGAGGUUGGCCUUCCGGGUCCUAAAGGUGAAAGAGGUGAAAAGGGUGAAGCAGGUCCCUCUGGUGCUGCUGGUCCACCUGGCCCCAAAGGUCCGCCAGGUGAUGAUGGUCCCAAAGGCAGCCCUGGUCCAGUUGGUUUCCCUGGUGACCCUGGUCCUCCUGGAGAGCCUGGUCCAGCUGGUCAAGAUGGUCCUCCUGGUGACAAGGGCGACGAUGGUGAACCUGGGCAGACUGGUUCCCCUGGUCCCACGGGAGAGCCAGGCCCUUCCGGACCCCCAGGAAAAAGGGGCCCUCCUGGUCCAGCUGGUCCCGAAGGAAGGCAAGGAGAGAAAGGAGCCAAGGGUGAAGCUGGUUUGGAAGGACCUCCUGGGAAGACUGGCCCAAUUGGUCCCCAAGGUGCUCCAGGGAAGCCCGGCCCCGAUGGCCUUCGAGGGAUUCCUGGUCCAGUUGGUGAACAAGGUCUCCCUGGAUCUCCUGGCCCAGAUGGUCCUCCAGGCCCAAUGGGCCCACCGGGUUUGCCUGGUCUUAAAGGAGACUCUGGUCCUAAAGGGGAGAAGGGUCAUCCAGGUUUAAUUGGUCUUAUUGGACCACCAGGAGAGCAGGGAGAAAAGGGUGACAGAGGUCUACCAGGCCCCCAGGGCUCAGCAGGACCCAAAGGAGAGCAGGGUAUCACAGGUCCUUCUGGACCAAUCGGACCUCCAGGGCCACCAGGAUUACCGGGUCCACCUGGUCCCAAAGGUGCUAAAGGAUCAUCAGGUCCAACAGGUCCAAAGGGUGAAUCAGGUCUUCCUGGGCCCCCAGGGCCUCCUGGUCCUCCUGGAGAAGUCAUCCAGCCACUGCCCAUCCAGUCUUCCAAGAGGACCAGGCGAAACAUUGAUGCCAGCCAGCUGGUGGACGAUGGAAAUGCUGACAACUACAUGGACUAUGCAGAUGGCAUGGAGGAAAUUUUUGGGUCGCUGAAUUCCUUGAAACUGGAAAUUGAGCAAAUGAAGCAUCCAUUGGGCACUCAACAUAACCCAGCGCGUACCUGCAAGGAUCUGCAGCUCUGUCAUCCCGACUUCCCAGAUGGUGAAUACUGGGUUGAUCCUAACCAAGGAUGUUCCAGGGAUUCUUUCAAAGUUUACUGUAAUUUCACAGCUGGUGGAGAGACUUGCAUCUUCCCUGAUAAGAAAUCUGAAGGAGCUAGAAUUACUUCUUGGCCAAAGGAAAACCCAGGCUCCUGGUUCAGUGAAUUCAAGCGCGGUAAACUGCUCUCCUACGUGGAUUCAGACGGGAACCCCAUCGGAGUGGUGCAGAUGACUUUCCUUCGGCUCCUGAGUGCCUCAGCCCACCAGAACAUCACAUACAACUGCUACCAGUCUGUAGCCUGGCAUGACGCCACCACUGACAGCUAUGACAAGGCCAUCCGCUUCCUGGGCUCCAAUGAUGAGGAGAUGUCCUAUGACAACAACCCCUACAUCCGAGCUGCCCUCGACGGCUGUGCGGCAAAGAAGGGCUAUCAGAAGACUAUCCUGGAAAUCAACACACCCAAAGUAGAGCAAGUACCUAUAGUCGACAUUAUGUUCAAUGACUUCGGAGAAGCAUCACAGAAAUUUGGAUUCGAGGUGGGACCAGCUUGCUUCAUGGGCUAAGAGCCACCUGAAAACUAGUCUCCAAAUGAGCAACCUCGUAACCUCAUUGCG